CGUGUGGGGCGGCACUGGGACCUGGGUUGCCCCGUGGGGCGGCCCGCGGGCACAGCGACCCACACGUUGCCCCCCCGCCGCCCCCAGGCCGUGGGCAUCUCGGUGGAGUUCGUGUCCCACCUGACGGUCGCCUUCGCGCAGAGCCGCCGUCCCAGCCGCGUGGAGCGCGCGGCCGAGGCCACCAUCAACAUGGGCAGCAAGGUGGUGGCCGGGGUGGCCAUGACCAACCUGCCGGGCAUCGUGGUUCUGGCCUUCGCCAAAGCGCAGCUCAUCCAGAUCUUCUUCUUCCGCCUCAACUUCAUCAUCACCCUGGUGGGCCUCGCCCACGGCCUCGCCUUCCUGCCCGUGCUGCUCAGCUACAUCGGUCCCGCACCGCUGGGCGCCGAGGGCGACAAAGCUGACAUGGAAGGCAGCAGAUUCGGCACGGAGGGCGGCAGAUUCGGCACGGAGGGCGGCAAAUUCGGCACGGAGGGCUGCAGAUUCGGCACGGAGGGCGGCAAAUUCGGCACGGAGGGCGGCAGAUUCGGCACGGAGGGCGGCAAAUUCGGCACGGAGGGCGGCAGAUUCGGCACGGAGAGCAGCACAUUCGGCACGGAGGGCGGCAAAUUCGGCACGGAGGGCGGCAGAUUCGGCACGGAGGGCACCGAGGCCGGCACGGCGCGGGGCGCAGCGAUGGCCAACCCCGGCUUUGAGGACGCGGCGCAGUGCUGACGACGCCGCUGCCCCCGCGGCCCUUUUCUGUGCCG